AUGGCGGCAGCCGUGACGGCGUCGAUGCGCGCCGUUGGCUGGAAUGUAUCCUUUUACUAUCGGUCAGACAGGUACCCUCGCGCCUUUGCCGGCCUGUACCAGAACCCGCGCAAACCGACCGUUACCUUCACCGACGCGCGCUCCGAGCUGGCCUUGUGCUUUGAAUUCAAGACUUCAAGCAACGACCAGCAAAGAAAUGCUGAUAAUGCUGAUAAUGAUCAUGAUGAUGACAACAACGACAACAACGGAAAUAACGACAAUAACGACAGCAAUGACAACAACGAUAGUGAAACAAAAUGUGCCCAACAACUUCUAAACCCCGGCCACCGUCGCCAUCACGCCUAUUUGCCGCACAAUAAGUCGCCAUCCGACUCAAGGCUUAAUAUUAUGCCACUGAGACGAAAGAUAAAGCCCCGCUCGAGAUCUCCCUCGAAACGGACCGUAUCUGGCACCACCUCUCCUGAGAAACCUGCCGACGAUGCCGACGGCGAAUACGACAACAUGGUCGCUCCGGCGAGCAUGGACAUUGACAUGGACGAAGCCAGGAGGGUCAUAACCGAGUUCAGAAUGGCCUGUAUAAAUCGGGCCACCUGCUGCGCCGUCUCUGGUGACGGAGUGCCGUGGUGUCCCGGGCAACCCAUCGGUCCUGGCUUGCAAGCCUGCCACAUUGUACCGCAGCAACACUAUCAUCUCUAUCCUGUCAUAAACAACGCCAUGUCGGCUUCUCACGCUGACAGGGCGAUCGAAAACAGUCCCCGUCGCCUGCGCGAGGCAUGGCUCAAUACAUGGAGCUCUGACAACGGCAUCCUGUUGAUGAAGCAUAUUCACGACUUUUUCGACACUCGCCUCUUCUCAAUCCACCCGCAGGCGUUACUGAUCCGCGUCUUUGUGCCAUACCAAGCCCUAGAACCCUACCAUGGCCGAAAAGCGCAAGUGUCCCCGACAGUAGACCGCAACGCCCUGCGGCACCACUAA